CACUAUAAUUAGGAGCAGAUCCUAGAGCUGACUAUACAAGGUUUUGUGUAGAAAUGUCUACUAUUACAGGAAAUCUGAGGAUUGUGCUGCUGGGCAAAACUGGAUCAGGAAAGAGUGCUACAGGAAACACAAUUCUGGGCAGAAAUGCGUUUUUUGAAGACCUCAAUCCAGAAUCAGUUACUCAGGAUUGUGAGAUGAGAAACUCAAAAAUAGGUUCAAGGAAUGUCGCCAUAAUUGACACUCCAGGACUGUUUGACACAUGGAUGGGUGAAAAGAAGGAUGUGAAAUCUGAAAUGAUGACUGAAGACAAACUGAAGGCUAAAAUAGCGGAGUGCAUGGCGUUGUCUGCUCCUGGUCCUCACGUGUUCCUGCUGGUCAUCAGACUGGAUCAGAGGUACACAGAUGAAGAGAAGAACGCAGUAAAAUGGGUUCAGAAGAACUUUGGAGAAGAAGCAUCACGCUACGUCUUCACUCUCUUCACUCAUGCCAAAUAUCUGAAGAAUAAAACACUGAAGGAUCAUGUAGAAGAGAAUGAAGAUCUGCGAAACUUUGUUAUUAGCUGCGCCGGCAAAUAUCAUUCAUUAGAAAAUGACCACAGAGCAAAUCGGUCUCAGGUCAAAGAACUACUGGAAAAGAUGGAUAAAAUGGUGGAGAGGAACGCAGGAAAGUACUACACUCGUUCUGUGUAUACACAUGUCCAGAGAAAAUUAAUCUUUGAAAAAGUAACCAGUGGCUUGUACAGUAAUGUUGAAAAAAGAUUAUCAUUCAUAGUGGCAGUAGUAGCUGUAGUAGUAGCUAUUGGCAUCUUUAUGCAUGUUAGAAAUUAUUAGAAGUGCAUCACUUUUAUUCAGUCAGGAGGGAUGUUUAAAAAGAAAACGUUUGUUGACCAGAUCCCUACUGGAGUCGUUUAAUGAAAUGAAAAUAUUUCUAGUAAUGCGCAAAGAGCUUGUUUAUUAGGUCUGAACAAAUAAACAUUUUGUUUAUUAUUUUUAUUGUUAUGAAUAAAGUAACACUCAUA